CCAGGAUGAAAUUCGGCGUGUUCUCUGCUCUGCUCUUGAGUGCCAUUGCCAUCGCUUCUGCUCAAGACCACACUACUGCGGGAGGACAAUCUGGAAGCGUGGUGGCGGACCCUAAUGUCCCCGCUACUACUCCGCCGACGACCACUGGACCACAGACUGCUGCACCUGGUGGAGUUAAUCCUGCUGCUCCAUCCCCACCAGCAUUCGCUGCACCGGCAACGCAAUCUCCAUGGGAUGCCAACCCGGUGCCAAUGACGGACAGCAGUGGCAGUGGCAGCUUCGGAAGCGCUGGCGAGAUUGAGACGCCCACCAGGAAGCCCAAGAAGGUCACGGAGUCGCCGAGCACGCCAACUCCGACUGAAAACUCGAGUGCCUCUAUCCUCGCGACGACUGGCGCGUGGACCGCAGCGGGGCUGGCCCUGGGACUUGUUGCGAUGCUCUGAUAAGAAGAUACGCACGCAUGAUCCCCACGAUACGACAAGCGCGUGGUUGCAGUGGAUUUUCCUAGUCAGUUCUUUAGCUUGAAGAUGGUCAAUAGGGUCUGCAUAAUAAUCUCGACGCACGUUUU